UUUGUGUCUUCCGUGAAGACUAAGGAGUAAGGAGGUUACAGUACUAGCCCUAGCCAUGGAAGAUCCGGUGAAUCGCGAUCCGUCCGGUCCAGGAGAUACUGUGCCACUGCCUGAAGUUCCGUUAUACUGGUCAGACUUUGUAUGGUCCCUAGAAAAACUAAGACAUCGAGCGUAUUCUAGGAAAAUGACAGAACGGGAUUGGUAUCGUAUUAACCCUCUUGAAAUGGUUUUACUUGGUUGUCAGACGUUAGCCGAUGACGCCUCAGCUAGUAGAGAUCAUGGGACCUUCAUUAUGAAAAUGGAAAACCUGAGAGAGAGGAUGUGUCGGAUCCCUCGUUAUUGGCAAAGAGCUAUAGCAGUCCUUUCUGCUACCAUAAAAGGCCCAGAAACACCUUCACUUAUUGUGCAGAGGUGUGCUGCUGGUAUUGUUAAUAUCUGGCAAGGAGUCCAUUCCAACAAACUAAUGAAACCCAGUUUUGUUAGUUGGGCAAUAAUACAUUUUAGACUUUUUGAUCUCACUCAGUUUCUUCUUACGGAAAAGAAAAAAUGUCUUUCACCUUCUACUAGUGAAGAUAUUUUUAACAUUUCUGUUGCAAUUCAAGAAAUUUUGUCUGCUUCUAAGGAUCUUAUUUCAGACUUUCAAAAUGAAACCUCAUUGCAAGAAUAUAACUCAAGCAGUCCAGUUGCAAUGAUUGGUCUAUUUGUGCAUAUCCUACGAACAUCUUCCAAAGAUGUGUCCAUACCAUCAUCUCUUGAUGAUCUAAAGUCUAUUUAUGUUGUUUUUCUUGCCUAUAUAAAGCAUGAAGAUUGGUCUAAUGAGUUCUUCCUUAAUCCUGAAGUAGCCGAUCGCAUUAUAGAACUAACCAGUUGUAUCUCACUGUGUACUAAAGAGCUCGACAAGAUUUUGACGGUGGUAUCCAAUAUAGUUAUAUUGCUGACUUCUUUUAACAUAGAACAUAGUUGCGUGUCUUCAUUUUUAAUCUCGUUAGUUCAACUGUUUCAAGAGCGAAAUCAGCAGUUGCAGAAAGAUGCCCAGAUAUCCCAUGAUUUGCUCCAACUUAUUUACACUAUCCUAUUAUCACAACCCAUAGAGGAAUCACUCCCAAUGGCACAGGAGUUUGUUACAGACUAUGUGAGGCUUUUAAUGACCUACUCAGUAGAGGGGUAUCUGUCUGAUAGCCCGGUUAAGUUUUUUCUUCAGUUGGUCGAAUUUGUUCUGAGUCUUGUCGAGCAAGGAACCUCACCUAGUCUAGCUAUACAGGUCAACUUGGCGAAUCUUUUUGGUCCGUUUUUUGGCGUCAAUAGUCACGUAGUGUCUACUGCUUUGCUGGAGUAUGGUUUCCUUUCUGUCUGUUCAAAGCAUAAGUCUGCUCUACUCACUGAUGGACUCCAACACAUUGUCAACGUAUGGAAGUUAUUCCCAUCAAUCGAUAGAGAUGCUGCCCAGAGAAAAGCUUUACGAAAUCAUGUAAAAUCACUCGAAAUUUGCGAUUCAAUCAUCAAUGAUAUCGUUAAUGAUGUAUUUAGUGAUGUUUCCAGUGAGGUUUCUUCAUCCAGCGAAAUUACCAUUCCACAUUUAGAUGAUAGUGAAGAAAGCAAUGAGAUCACUCGAGCUGAACAACUAAAGGAUAGACAUGAGCGUAUUGUAGUCCUAACUCAUCUCCUUAACCUGGCAUGCUCCAUGGUAAGGAAUGGAGACAAUAUUUGCUACAUGUUUGCAAGCGUUCUUCCUCGUUUAUUUUCAAGUGCUCCUCCAUCGUUUGUCAAUAAGGAAAACAGAGAGAAACUUAUCAAGUUCUUUGGUGAGGUACCUCCACCACGGGACACGUCUCUGAUGUGGAGAGUCGACAAGAAAAGACUGGCCAUUUCUCUUCUUUCCUUAUCAACUCUUUCUCUAGAAAAUGAGAUGAGCACUCCUUUUGAACUCUGCGGGAUCGUCAUGCCUAAACUAGCCCGUAAUCUUGACACUAAGAACUUCACUGAUGAAGAGAAACUCUCCCUUUCUAUUGAUAUCCUUUACAUGACUAAAAAGGCCCUUCUUGGUGGCCAUGGCAUAGAAGAAUUUAUAUCACAUGGAUUUGAACUCCUUUCAUCUCUUCUCCCUCAAUCUAUAUCACCAGAUGAGCUCAAAUCAUUCACUAAGCAGCUGGUUCAACAAUUGGUUACAUCUGGGCACAGCUCUCUUCUCUUUCUCAUCAGAAAUGCCUGUGUUUACAUGCUAUAUGCCUUUCCGGAAGAAUCCAGUCAAAUUCAGCAGUUUUUUCAUACAUUGAUCUUUAAGGGAAAGCGCAAUGAGAUUCGCUCUGUUUUUAAAGUUUGUCGUAAUCCAUUUAAUGAAGGCUUGUUUGAUAAUUUGCGAUCGUAUCUUUAUAGCUAUGGAAAAGGAGAAAUCAAUAAUAGACAGCUAUUAUCCCUUUGUGAGAUUAUUUUAGCUGUCGUGGAUGUCACAAAAAGUCCAUCGACUCAUCUAUCAUUACCUGAAGAGGAGGAACUAACUGAUGAAGAGAGAAACGAAAAAGAGACAAAGAAACUGAACAGCAUAGAAGUAAUGAAGAAACUCGUCUUGUCUACUCUCAAAGAUGUUGAAGGGGCACUGGCUGAGAAAAGGUUUAAGAAGGAAGUAUGGGAAAGCAAACUGAGUCAGUUAUCAAGACUAGCACUUUUCAGAACAUUAUUCAGCAAUGAUCUUCACGAGUUUCAUCAUCACUCAAGCGAAGAGCUUGAAAAAAUUUUUGAAAACAUGUUUCCAAGCGAAGUACUAAAUAGUAAGGAAGCAAUGGACAUAUUAUCACUGGCAGCUUUAAGAAUAGAACAUAUGCUGGUUCCUAGAUAUAGUGCCUUGAAGAUCCUUCUCACCAAAAUGAUAAAGAAUUACCUUACAUUUGAUGUUGGAAAAGAUUUGACGGAUCCGGCAGAGAAACUCUUAGCAAGGAAUAACUGCCUUAAUACUGAAGUAUUGUCUCUAGAGAGAAACAGCAACGAUGUACAAAAGUUGACGUCCGAAUGCUUUUAUAGCGAGCAGUUUUGGAAUAAUUCGUUCGCAUUGAAAGUAAAAACUGACGGAUCUCAUAGUCUGGAGGAAAACAUGAGACAAACGCUAUUGGCUUGCUACUCUGAAUUUGCUAACAUAUUAAAAGAAAUGAACAUCACUCAUGUUUCUGUGAAUGGCGAAUUUGUUAAAAGUGUCAAUCUAUUCUCAGAAGAACUCACACUCUCAGAAUUAAAGGGUCAUCGGUCAGUUGCAGUUAGAGCCAUUGAUCAGAAACUAGGUGGAACAAGAGAAGGAAGGAUUCACGAAAGAAAGGUUGCUUUGUUGACACGAGAAGAUGACAUUGAGUCUGAUUUUGAAAAACAAGCAAAUGCUCCAAUUAAGCCAAAGACAUUCACCGUUUUGUUAAAUACCAAUUUUUUUGACUGUGUAAAGUGCUGUGGUGGUCAGAUUAUUGGCUGUUAUGCUCCUAAUGGGGAACACUGUGAAAGGCCAUUAGAAAUUGGUAUCCGGGCUGAUAGUGGAUUCCUCUCAAUUUAUGAUGAGAGUGGGACUGAGAUUGAGAACUGUGAAAUCUUACUCUGCAAUGAAGGUCUGUAUGUAUUUAAAGCAUACACUAAUGGUCAUCCAUACGACACAUCUCAAGUAUGGAUACAAGCGUUCAAUAAACUAUUGGAGCCACUCCCGGAGAACCACUCCCUCUCUUUAGUCCCAGCUAUUAUAAUACCUCAGAAUUAUCCCAAUCCAAAGACUUGGGACUUACUAAGAAGAUCUGUGCAACCAGAGCUGACAGGUAGCAUGUUAACGUGUCAGCAUGACUUCUCUGCUGAAUGGAGAACCUAUUAUGACCACAGGCCAGAGAAGGUUCGCUGUGGUAUUGACAUGAUACUUCAUCCUGGAUUUACUCUUUCAAGCAGUGAUUCACGUCGGCCAGUUUAUGGGAGACAAAGAUCACGAAUAACAAAAGAUUUUGCUGGACUUGUAUUUGAGCAUGUGAUAUCUCAUUUACUUGAAAGAGAUGAUUUGAAGCCAUUUAGGUUUUUAGGUAAGUACAUGUCACAGUACAUUAGCGUCCUUGUUGAAGAAGGCGAAAGUAGAACUGAUAUCAUAAGCAAAGGAUUUGAUUAUGAGCGUUGGGUGAAGACCCAGACAAGGACACAAAGCAGUCAACGAAAGUUAAAAAAUAAAGAAGAGAUAGUAGCUCAACUGGUGGCAUUUAUUCAAGAGAAACUGAUGGAAUGGUGUCUAGAGGCAGACGUGAAACUAAUGUGUGAACAAAGUCACAAACAACUGCUUCAGAUGAGAGCUUUUCUUGGCAAAUGGAAGUCAACAGAUCAGGCCCACAUAGUUAAGAAAUACAAGGAAAUACAGUCUAUUCUAAAGGAGUCAACUGUUAUUGUUCAAAUGGAGCUAUUGCCAAGAGCCACGCAAGAGGAAAUCAUUCACUGGAUAUACCACAAUGAGGACAGGGUAUGGCGAUAUCGUGGUGGUAGGUGUGGUCAUGAAACGUUGCAGCAGUUUAUGGGUUUUAUUGGAAACAUUGAUAGCAGCAAUAAAGUAUACCCAGGUGUCUGCUCUUUCAUGCUCCCUGGGAAGAGCAAAAAGGACUUGAAUAUUGAGCAAGACUUUAAUGUUGAUAGCCUUGUUGGAUACUCUGUUGGCGAAAUGAGUACUUCGUUAUCCAAUACAAGUGAAUUACCUGUUAGUUGUUACGAAGUUGUACUAGGAUGGGUCAAUCCAAAGUAUCAAAAACUUAAUCUAAGCAUCAACAUGUAUUUCAGCAUAAUAAGGAGAGCUCCAGCUUCAUUUAUAUUAUGCGAUGUAAUGCAAGGGAGCCUGGAAAGGAUAAUUGCUAGUAACCCUUUGCUGAGGUUCUUGGAUUUUGUGGGAAUGGCUAAAUACAUUGUCUGGAGGAGACAGCAAUCUUAUACAGUUCAGCUUCAAACUGGUGGAACAGAGCAAUUUGAACAAGUGAUAUUUCGAGUUUGGCCAAUACGACUAGCCAUGUGGUUUGAAAGAUGUUUCAGGAGGAUUCUAUUUAGGAAGGGUUAUCCUCAGCCUCUGAUUUUAGACCAUGUUUAAUAUCAUAAAAAUUAUUUUUAUAAUUUUUUGAAUAUUUAUUUUUAAUGCUUUUUAAAUAAAAUUUGACUGUCCUUGUGUUCACACAGUUUCAAAGUGAA